GGUUAAAUGGGGUCUAUGAAUGGUAAAUGGGGCCUCUGUGAGGCUAAAGGGGGUAUAUGGAGCGUUAAAUGGGAUGUGGGCAGGUCUGUAGGGGGUUAAAGAGGGUCUGUGGUGGUCCGCAAUGGGAAUAGACCCUUUGGGGUACCCCUGGGCUGUCCCACUUCCCACUGGGGAGGGCCACCCAGCACAUAGGUACUGGUUCUCCCCCACCUAUACCGGUACCCCCCCCCCCCCCAAAUACCGGCACAUAGAGGGGUGCUGAUGGCGUUGGACCCUGCUGAGCUGCUGCCAGAGGAGGAGGAGCCCUACCUGCCCUUCUUUGGGCUCCCCACCCCCGCCGAGGGAGUUGGUUUGGGCCCUCUGCUGCAGGGGCUGAGUGCGGCGCUGGGGCCGGACGGGCUCACUGCGGACCUGCGGAGGAAGCUGCGGCAGGCGAAGGCGACGCUGGCGCUGCACAGAAGGACGUGGCUGCAAUGGGACGGGCUCUGGAGGGCGCUGCAGGAGCUGCUGUGCGACCCGCGCGGGAUAUUGCCCCCCACUCGCCGGGAAGUGGAGCUGCGCUGUGGAGUGCAGGGCACGGCCCAGGCACUGCCCCCAAUGGAGCCACCCCCUGCACCGCUGCUUCCCCUGCUGGAGCUCCGCCUGGCUGCCAAGGUCCGGGACCUUUCCAUUUACCACGCGGGGGAAUCCGCCCCAGAGCUGCCUUUGGCGGAGACGGUGUCGACAUUGGCUGAGGCGCGGGAUCCCCCCCCUGCGGUGCUGCGCCUUGGUGCGGCUCUGAGGGAGGAGGUGCAGCGGCUGCAGCGCGCCCGGUGCCGACGCCAGUACCUGCAGGGGGCGCUGCAGAGCCAGCGCAGGCGCUACCAAGAGGGGUCUCUAUGGUGCAGGUGCUGGGCCGCUGCUGGGCCUUGCUGGCAGCUUUGGCUGGUGAUGGCUGUGCUGGAGCCCUGCAGGAGCUUGACCAGCAGCACGGGUUCUACCUGGAGAGUAAAGGGGUGGCACUGCUGCUCAAGACACGGCUGGAGGAGCUUGGGCUGCUCCUUGCCUCCUACCCCCCACUGACCGUAGCUGCCCAUCAAUGCAUCAAGCACAGCAUCUCAUUGGCUGUGGAGGAUGCAGAGAAGCGGGGCCAGGAGCUCCGAGCAGUGCUCUCAGCCUAUCAGGGGCUGGGGGCAGAGCUGGAGGAGCUGGCCUCAGCCUAUGGGAGGCUACAGGAGGCGGUGGAGCAG